GGCUUCCCCAGUCACAUGGGCUUUGUGUGUGAGUUUAAAAGAUCCCAAAUCCUGAGGACUUGUCAGUGCAGUGAGGAGACUUGAGGUGCUGAUGUUACAGACAAGGGGAGACACCAGGAGACCCCCAGACCUACAGUCACUGCAACUACCUGAGGAUUUGCUGCUGCUGAUGAUGAUGAUGGAAGGUCCUGCUGCUGCUGCUGCUCAAGGAGGGCACAUUAAUGAGAGAAUCUGAGGCUUUCUUUCCUAACAUGAAACUCCAAAGGAAAUCCCAUUAAAGAUACUCACAGCUGUUCUGCUCAGUAAAUCGUCUCCUGCAUUCUCCCCAAAGUCUGCGCUCCAGUCUAUGAACUGACUCAGGGACACGAGAUGGCAAAUCCUGUGACCUCAGGCCAGUGUGUUCUUCUGUCAGUGACAAUGAUGAUGAUGAUGAUGAUGGUAUCGGCUCAGCGACGUGGCCAGGAAGUCAAGUCAAAAUCUCGCCCCCUGUCGACAGAUUAUUUGUUUCAAGAGCGACUUCAGUCCCAGCGAGCAGGCAGGAGUUCCCAAAGAGAACCCCAUAUCCAGUACGAGCAGACGGGCUCUGACGCUAUUCUUCGCUGUGGGUCGGUGGAUCAGGACGCUGCAGUAACGUGGACUGUAAAUGGGACAGAUAUUGAGAAGCCCCAUCUGAACGGCUCCUCUUUGCUUCUGCACAAUGUGAACUUGUCUCACAGCGGCUACUACUCGUGCUUUGAGGGCUCCUCCUGGAAGCUGUGGCAUCAGACCAGCCUACGGGUGGGCAACCCUCCCAGGGAACCCGUACUCAUGUGCCGAUCCAACAACUACCCGUCAUCAUUCUACUGCAGCUGGCACCUCCCUUUCCCUACCUUCAUCCCCAAUACCUUCAACAUCACAGUCAUGCAUGACUCGAAGCAGCUGUACUGUGAGAAGGACCCAUUCCCCAAAAACAGGUGCCACAUCAAAUACAGCCGCUUGUUCUCUAUCCAGAAGUACCAGGUGACUGUGGUGGUGACCAACGCACUGGGGAAGAACUCAACUAGCAUCAGUUUUGAUGAGUUCUCCAUAGUAAAGCCGGACCCCCCAGAGAAUGUGGUGGCUAAGCCGGUACACAAUAAUCCGCGCCGGCUUGAAGUCACUUGGCAGAUCCCGUCUACUUGGCCAGAUCCAGAUUCCUUUCCACUCAAGUUCUUCCUACGCUAUAGGCCUCUCAUCCUUGACCAAUGGCAGCACGUGGAGCUGUCGGAAGGAACGUCGCACACCAUCACGGACGCCUACGCGGGGAAGGAGUACAUCAUCCAGGUGGCAGCGAAAGACUACGAGAUUGGCACGUGGAGCGACUGGAGCGUGGCCGCAUACGCCACCCCAUGGACAGAGGAGCCCAAGUACAUCACCACAGAGUCACAGAAAACAGUAGAAACAACAACAAGAAUCACAACCACCAGCACUUACGUGGUGCCGCCAUCUACCAAGGUGUGUGAGCCGGACUCUGUUAAAGGUUCCGCAGUCAGAGUUUCGUGGCUCCCUGCACUGGUACUGACAUCAGUUGGGAUUUUACUAAUAUGAUUUCCGCUAAAGAAAGAAUUUUAACAUUUCUUUCUCUAUUUUGCACAUGUUACGGACGGAAGCAAAUUUUUUGCAUUUGAUCUUCAUUUUUAUUUUCUUUUUGAUGGACAAGUCCAAUGACAUUAAGGUUGGCUCCGCCUGGGAAAUAGGGAAAACAAAUGUAAGGAAAUAAUGGGGAAACAAAAUUGUACAAAAAGUUGAAGAAACUCAACAUUACCAUAAAACGUGGAUCUGUCGCGGGAAGCACCUGCAAAUAAAGAAGAGCUUCACAGAAACUUCUGGAACAAAUUCACAUCUCGCACAGCAUGUUGGUUGGAGGCUGGACAACGUUUUUGGAAAAACUUUGGGGUGGACUGGUCUUAAAUAAAGGAAUUAAAAUAAAGGAAUUGGAAUCAAAAAUGAAGGGCCGCUAAGAUCGUCAUAGAUCAUACAGCUAUAGCGUCAUGCCAAAGACAGCUUUCUUUCCCACAAUGCUGUGCUUCCCAAGACACUCCCCAAAACUUCUCCUUUUUGGUUAAAAAAAAUAAAAAGCAAAAACACCCGGAGCAAAGCUUUCUGGGAUACUCUGAGCCACAGUUCAUCUGCUCUAUAAUAGGAAACAUCUUUCUUUAUGGGCAAUUUAUUUUUCUCCUUUCUUGAUGGAUUUCUGUUUUUUUUUUAUUUGGAGCAGAAUGUUUUCAGAACUUUCGUAAACUUUCUUAUGAUACUGUGCGUCAAUUUGAUACCACGGACACAUCGAUUGUAUUGUUUGGCUGGGUUUGUAGUCAAGCAAUCGCUGGGAACUUCUUCCAAAAAGAGAAUUAUGUUCCCACGAGGAGAUAAAAAUGUUUAAAAAAAUAAAAAAAAAAUUAUCCCGGAGAGAGAAACAUUUUUAUUACACAGAACAGUCGGAGAUUUAUUGUGAAACUCCCAGAGACCUCUCCAGCAAGGGUUCAAUGUUUCAGACUCAUGAGAUUCCUGGAGACAAUUCCUUCGCUGUACAGCUGUCUCACGCUUUUCAGCAGAAAUGUUGCACUCUUGUCUAUUUUUUUGAUGUUUUUGGGUUGUUAUAUUUGACUCUGGUUAUGAUCAGAUUGAGAAAAUAUUGUUGGUCGGGAUUCAGUCUGACAGUCGUAAGCUCAAUAAAAAAAGAGUCAGUGGUUUGCUGAGA